AUGAGCAAAGUAGGUCUUCAAGGGUUGACGGGUACCGCCCUCAUCGCUGCCAUUACGUCUGUAUGCUCGACUGGUUUCUGGCUUUUCGGAUACGAUCAGGGUGUCAUGUCUGGCGUCGUCAUCUCCAAGUACUGGCUCGACCAAAUGGGUAACCCCAGCACACUAAUGGUCGGCACCAUCACCGCACUCUAUGACGUCGGAGCAGUCUUCGGUGCUAUCGGUGCCGCUUUGACCUCUGAGCCCCUUGGCCGCAAGCGGACGCUCAUCUUGGGUUCGAUCAUUCUCAUCGUCGGUACUGUAAUCAUGGGUACCUCGUAUGAACGCGUUCAGUUUAUGUUCGCGCGUGUUAUAACGGGUUUUGGUAUUGGAUACAUCACUUCAGUCACCCCCGUAUACCAAAGUGAAGUGUCCGUGCCCGAGCACCGUGGAUGGCACGUCUGCUGCCAGCUUACGAGCAUGCUGGGCGGCCUGAUGCUCGCAUACUGGAUCAAUUAUGGCUUCUACUUUCACCACAGUGGCGUGCAGUGGCGCUUUCCGCUGCUCUUUCAAUGCGUGUUCGCCAUUUACAUCAUUCUCGUUACCAUCUUCCUCCCUGACUCGCCCCGUUGGCUGAUUCGACACGACGACACUCCUGAACGGGGAGAAAUCGUGCUCGCUAAGCUGCGCAACCUCCCAACGGACCAUCCCAUCGUCCAGCGCGAGAAGGCGGAGAUCGUCGAGGCUAUAGAGCUUGAAUCUAAGGAGGAAGGGUCGUGGGGUGAUCUGUUCAAAGAUAACGGUAUCAUGGGCAAUAAACGCUUCUACCUGGCGCUAGGAAUUCAAUUUAUGCAGCAGAUGACUGGCAUCAAUAUCGUCACGUACUAUGCACCGACACUGUUCCAGCAAAGUCUGGGUAUGAGCCAGAAGAUGGCGCUCUUCCUCGGCUGCUGGCUGCAAGUCUGGUAUAUUGUUGCAUCCUUCCUUACGUGGUUCACCAUCGACCGAGUUGGACGCCGUAAGCUCUGGAUAUCGAUGGCCAUUGGACAAUGUGUCGUCCUUGCUCUCGAAGCGAUCUGCGUGGCUAUCGACAACUCGUCUUCCUCUAUCGCUGCUGUCUUCUUUGUCUUCAUGUUCGAGGCAUGUUUCACUUGGGGCUGGAUGGCGACUGUGUGGGUCUACCCUGCUGAAGUGCUACCCCUGAAGAUCCGCGCGAAGGGUGCUGCGCUCGCGGCCGCCGCAGACUUCCUCGGAAACUUCCUCGUCGUCGAGAUCACUCCUCCUGCCCUCCGCAAUAUCGGAUACAAGACCUAUAUCAUCUUCGCGGUGUUGAAUCUCGUCAACGCCUGCGUUGUAUGGUCAUUCUAUCCCGAGACUGCCGGGCAGACGCUCGAGUCGAUUGACGUUCUUUUCCGCAUUGAGAAGCCUGCAGGCUCCGAUGAUGAGCUAGUACCCACGCCCAAGCCGUGGUAUGGUAUCCUACAAUGGAGCAUUGUUCAACGUGCGCGCGGUAUCAGGGAGAAAGUCAAGGCGGAACGCGCUGCAGCUAUUGCGGGUCAGGAGGAGUCGGCGUUCGCAUCCGGCGUGGAUGUGGGCGAGAAGAUAGGGGUUGACGAGAAGCGUGAAGCGAGCGUCUCGGAGAAAAGGAGCGAAGAGCAGAUUGAGACAACGUAG